UGACAUCACAAACUGACAUGUGGUUCUCGGGACAUUUCACAUGUUAAUGUAAUAUUACAUAUAUUACUGUAUAUGUAAAUGAAUUGCUGUUUUUCUAUGGGUUCAUCUGACUAGGAUAACACAAAUUAAUAUCAUUAAUAGUCAGUUCUGAAUUUCAUUCAUGGCAGUGUGGGGAAACAGAAGCUUUUGCCAAUCCGUCCCCUCGGUUUAUUGGUUGUAAUUCGCGCAGCUUUUCGUAUCAGUGCUUCUCUUCUCCUUCAUGACCCCUGGGAAGCUCUGUACAGUAAAGCUUAUUUCCUCUUAGGCGUGUCUGACACAGUCAGGCUGUCAGGCAGCUUUCACUUCUGCCUGCUGUUCCUCAGAUGAUCAGCAGACUUUUGAGGCAGUGAGUGAAUCCUGGAGAGAUGAGUUUCUACAGUGAUGCGUCCUCUGAAGAUAUAAGCGACGAGCUGGAGACUUUGGGGUGGUACCACUAUGACCUGUCCCGUCACGCUGCAGAAGCUCUGCUCUUGUCUAAUGGGAGUGAUGGAAGUUAUCUCCUGAGAAACAGUCACGACGGACCAGGCUGCUUCGCCCUGUCUGUCAGGGCGAAGGAUUCAGUCAAGCAUUUUCAUGUGACACGUAAAGACAAAGAUGGCUAUGUGUUCGGGUUUAACAAGUUUGCAACCCUUCAGGACUUUAUCAACCACUUCGCUAACCAGCCUCUGCUGGGCAGUGAUGCAGGGACGCUCAUGGUGCUAAAGUGUCCGUACCCAUGGCGUGUGGAGGAGCCAUCCAUCUACGAGUCUGUAAGAGUUCACACAGCCAUACAGACUGGACGCACUGAAAAUGACCUGGUGGCGAAUGCACCAUCGCUGGGCACAAAGGAAGGCUAUCUGGUGAAACAAGGAGCAUUUGUGAAGAACUGGAAACAGAGAUGGUUCACACUAAACAGAUAUGAACUCAGAUACUUCAAAGACAAAGUGUGUGAGGAGCCCAUUCGAACCCUGGAUCUGAGAGCCUGCUCUGCAGUCCAGUUUGACUACUCUCAGGACAGAGUCAACUGUUUCUGUAUGGUGUUUCCUGAGAGGACAUUUUAUCUCUGUGCAAAGACCGCUGUGGAGGCAGAUGAGUGGAUCAAGAUCCUGAGGUGGAAACUGGGUAACCAGCAGUCUCCUGCUGAACGGGUGGCUUCGAUUUAACACAUGACAGCAGUGACACUAAGAUUGUUGUUUUCCUUGAUGAUAUACCAAAACUGCUAGAAGCACCUUUCACCUGCAUUUCUUCUUUCUGAUCCUCUCACAAUGUUUGAAACUAAUAAAAGAGCUGAAAUGAUUCAAAUCUAGAUGUAGAUCAGUUUUUAAAUUGAACAAGCAGUUAGCAGCUGUUGGAUAAUCACACUGACUUAAGUAACCUCUGCUUGUAAAAGUUUGCCAAUAAAAGCCUUCCUGUGGUUUUCUGGUGGAAAGCUUUUAAUGUAAAGCAGCAGCACGAAGGCUUCAGUUUGGAUAAAAUGUAAAAACAACGGGUGAAGUCAAACUUAUACAAGACUUAAAUGUAACGUCAAGAAUAAAGUACAGUAUAACACAAUAGUUAAGAGUAACAAUAGAUAUAAAAUAGAAGAAAAUAUAUAAGAAAGUCUUUAAGAAAUAAGUCCUGAAAAGUUAUUUAAAAGAAGAUGCUGAUGUGGCAGGUGGUUCCACAGCUGAGGGACCCUAACAGCAAACACUCGGCAGGUUCCUGCCUGAGGAUCUCAGGCUGCGUACUGGUUGGUACAGGGACAGCAGUUCAGAUAUAUAUUCUGGGGCCAGACCGUGAAGGGCUUUAAAAGUAGUAACUAAAAUCUUAAAGUCAAUCCUAAAAUAAAUGAGCAUUAAAACUGUAGUAAUGUGUUCUCUUUUCUUGCAUUUUGCACAACUUGGAAUCUGUUAAUUGAUUUCUGAUUGAUACACGUUAAAACACCAUUGCAAUAAUCCAACCGUGAGGAAAUAAAAGCAUGAAUGAUAGUUUGAGUGCCAUUAAAACUCAGCAUUGAUCAAAUCUUACUAAUAUUCCUCAGAUGGUAGAAGCAUGACUGGGUGACAUUGUUAGUGUGUUAGUGUCAAAGAGAACACCCGGGCUCCUGACUGUUGGUUUCACAUUUAUUGAUAACGGACCAAGAGAGGACUGGAGACUGGGAUGCAGACUAUCAGGAUUGCCGUUUCAUUAACAUAAAGGCUACAGCAGCACAGGCUUAAAUACACAGAGACAUAUUAUAUGCACAUCACAUCCUGCCAUCUAAAAGCACUGCAUGUCAUAAACUUGACAUUAAGUAUUAUCGCCAAUGAAGAACUUUGACCUAAUUUAAAGCAGAGAAUGAGUUGAUUUGAAGUUGUUGGGACAUUCUUCAUGUCAGAUGAGUCUAUGAAAAAGUGCUUUCAAUCAUUGUAUCCCCUUAAAGAUGGGAGGCAAAGGAAGCCUGUGAAAACUACAACAAUCAUCAGACCAUCAGUUUCCACUUUUUCAACUUGCUCUCAUGUCAGAGUUCACAGAACACAUAUGCAGCUUUACAUUUAGCAUGUGAGCGAGUAAGGAUUCAAUCAAAGUCUCCACCUAACAUCCUCCCAUUUUUAACGCCGCUUGAGGGUCAUCAGAUUGUAAGUUAGAACUGAUGACACUGAUGAGAAAAUGUAUUGAGUAAAGGGUUCAUUAGAGACCAGGUGCCAAAUAUCACAUGAGCAGUGCAGCUUCAGUCCAGUCAUAUUAAAAUAAAGCCAUUAUAAGACAUUUCUGUAACUGAGACCUAGAGCUUUUAACUUCAAGUUUGGUAGUAAAAUAAAAUUUCAAAUCAAAGUCAUAGCUAUAUGCUACACAGCAAAUAAAAAAAGGGCUUUUAAAAUGGAAACCCUCAGCCGUGCUAUGACAGUAUUUUGCUUCAUAUGCAUCAUGAGAUCAGAAGGGAAUG